AUGACGACACUUAACUUCAUCACCAGUAAUAAGAAUAAGCUGGCGGAGGUCAGAGCUAUAUUAGGCGGCGUGAUCGAUGUUCAAAAUGAAGUAGUCGAUGUUCCUGAAAUACAAGGUACAAUUGAGGAGAUAGCAAAGGCAAAGUGCAGCCAUGCUGCGAAGGCAGUGGGAGGCCCAGUUUUGACCGAAGAUACCGCUCUCGAAUUUCUUGCUCUGAAAGGCCUUCCCGGCCCCUACAUUAAAUCAUUCCUCGAAGCGUUGGGCCAUGAGGGCCUAAACAAGAUGCUUGACUCGUUUGAAUCGAGAGGUGCGGAGGCCGUGUGCACCUUUGCGUUUUCUCUUGGACCUGGGUCUGAACCGAUCCUGUUCCAGGGACGAACGGAGGGCACGAUUGUGAGACCCAGGGGGGCGGCAAAUUUUGGGUGGGAUCCGAUAUUUGAGCAUGGUGGCAAGACGUAUGCAGAGAUGACCAAGGAGGAAAAGAACAAAAUUUCUCACAGAUACAAGGCUCUUGUUAAGUUGCAACAGUGGUUAGCUGAACAACAACCAUAA